AAACCGAAUUAGAUUUUCGGUAAACAAACCGUUUUCGGGUUUCUGGUCUGGCCCAGUUUUUUGCCCAAAACCGAAAAACAAUUUCCGAUCGGUUGUUUUUGUUGACUCUACUCCUCCCUCCCUCUGCCGAGCGACCCAGCCCCCUCGCUCCCUGGAUCUUCUUCCUCCCUCGGCCGACGGCCGCCCCCCAUCCCGCCGCUGCCGAGCGCCCAUCGUCUUCCUCCUCGCGCGAGCGCCUCCACCGCAGGUUGAUCUCCCCUCCGAUUCUCUCGCUCCCGACCGUUUCUCCUCCCAUCACCCCACCAACGGAUUCCGCCCUUUAGCUCCCCGUUUCAUAAUCUUCCCCAAUCCGUAACUGAGGCAAAAAUCAAGGUAGGGCUCUACCUUGCCCUACCGGGUCCUCCGCCAGUGGUUCCGCUUCCGCGGAUUGCUUGAAGGGUUGUUCGGCCGGAAUCUAGGGUUUGCUCUUACAGAGCCCCGUCCCCCAUAUCCGCGGACGGAGCUACUGCAUUUGGUGCGGCCCCGAAGAUGCAGCCUCCCAAGAAGCCCGCCCGCGUGGACACGGCGGAGAUCAAGUCGCAGCUUGUCAAGAAGCUUGGGCCCCAGCGUGCCGAGCUCUACAUCCACAGCCUCAACAAGUUCCUGGGCUUUCAGCUUGACAAGAGUGAGUUUGACAAGAUCUGUGUUGCUGCCUUGGGGAAAGAGAACAUCAAGCUCCACAAUUCCCUCGUCCGCUCAAUUCUCAGCAAUGCUUUUAUGGGGCUCGGGCCACCGCCCAGCAGGCAGACGCCUACCGGGAAUUCCCAGACUAGCGCCGUGACCAACGGGCCGUUGGGCAAUGGCGUGCCGCUGCCGAGGAGAGUGCGGCCGUUGGGUAACCGGGACAGGAGGUGUACUGAUAAGCCAAGCCCACUAGGAAAGUCCCCUCUUGGUAAUCCAGGGGCUGCGGAGUUUGUGUCGGUGGAGGACGGCGAGGAGGUUGACCAAGACAGGGGCAGCCCACUGUGUGUGCAAAGUCAGAGCCCUAUUAGGGCUCCUCUGGGAGUCGCAACGGUUCAGCAACCCCAGUUUUCUGCUCUCCGUCCUUCAGAUGUUUGCUACAUUAAUGGUGAAUUACCAGAUACUGAGUGCUUGUCGAAGAUACUUCAGGAUAAGCUGGAUGCCGAAGGCCUUAGCAUGCCCGUAGAGUGCGCUAAUCUGCUAAACUCUGGGCUGAAUGCAUACAUAAGGCAGCUGCUGAAGUCUUGUUUGGAUGUUGCGAAAGCAAGAGGAAACACAAUGAGGGCGCACCAGGCUAAUGGGAAUGCUUCUUCCUCUUCUGCUGCUUUAAACGGUGGGCUGAAUAAUGGCUCCGUCUUAGACUCAGGCCGUGUGUACCAAGCUUCACUGGUAGAUCUCUCCACAGCUGUACAGUCUAAUCCCAAGUUACUAGGGUGUGACUCUGUGAAGCAAAAGGAUAAGAUUGCUUCUCACCUUGCCGGCUAACUUCAGCAGCUAGUCUUCUCACAGAACUUCAGCAGCUAGUCGUGUCACAGAACUUCAGCAGCUGUUAUGCAGUGGCAAUGUAGGAGGAGAUCCAAAUUACCAUUUGAUUGGGUGCUGUAGAAACCUACAGCUAGUUAGGUUGAGGUGAAGCAGAUUUUGACUGCCAUAGGGGCUGAUGAGUGGGGCACAUCCCCAGUGUUUUUUUAUUAGGAUGGUACAUCUUAGCAUUCCAGUACAUCAUAGUUCACCUGGCGAUUACCUGUGAUUAUUUCACAAAAAAUAAGAAGAUUCUGCAAAGGUAUCUUGGCUUCGCUCCUGCUAGCUUACAGAUAGUGUUCCUACCUGUACAUACAAUCAGCUCUCUGUUGGUUGGAUCUGUUAUUGUUGGAUAAUCUGGGCUUGUUGUAUAUUGGGUCUUCCUGUAGGACAAAAAAUCUUUGGUUCUUUCAUCUCUUUAGUGCAAAGCUACAUUCUUUGCUACCCCGGUUAUGAGGUUAUCUGCUAUCCAGAGUUGUUAAUCCCCUACAAAUGUGUUGGAUUUCCGACUGGUUACGAGGUUA